GGCAAUGCUGAAGACGCACCAGAUGCGUCACACGGGCGACCGGCCCUUCAAGUACACGGAGUGCCCCAUGGGGUUCGUCACGGCCACGCUGCUCCGGGAGCACCGCGACAUCGUGCACGCGCGCCUGCGCAAGUACCGCUGCCCAGAGUGCCCCAAGACGUUCCUGCACCAGUCCUCCGUCUACGUGCACCGCGCUAUCCACACGGGGGAGAAGGCGUACGAGUGCAGCUUCUGCGGCAAGGCGUUCACGCAGGCGGGCACGCUGCACACGCACGUCAAGUUCGUGCACAUGAAGGUCAAGCCCCCGCCGAGGAAACGGAACAAACACUUGAUGGACGCCUAACAUACAUUUGUAUACAUAGUAUUGCAGAUAUCGCAGCGUGGUUUGCUCCUUUUUGUAAUAAGGCGUUCACGCAGGCGGGCACGCUGCACACGCAUGUCAAGUUCGUGCACAUGAAGGUCAAGCCCCCGCCGAGGAAACGGAACAAACACUUGAUGGACGCCUAACAUACAUUUGUAUACCUAGUAUUGCAGAUCUCGCAGCGAUAUGGUUUGCUCCUUUUUGUAAUAGUCAGGAGGGCGAAACUGUCCCUUUCGGGCAUUCUCGGCUCCGUUCGGCUCAGCAUUGCUCCGAGCAAUUGUUAGGGUUGGCACCACUUGACGUCCCUUUUGUCGACCACAGAUAAGUUGUCAACCCUAAAUAGCCGAAAGGGAUAG